GUUUCAGUUUCGCCGUCCAACGUCCGCUCUCGCCAGUCGCCACUAAUCACUAUACGCUGCUGCUCAACUUUCUCGUCUCCUUCCGCUGCCAAGUCGCAGGUGGGAACUCCGUAUAGUAAAGCCCUUUCUCCAUAAUCUACUCCACAGUCAAAAUCAAUGGAGAUAGAAGAGCGCCAGGAGCAAUUCAUCAACCAGUUCGUGGCGCAAGCGUCGGCGAUCGACGGCGGCCCUGCCUCUUCUCCCUCUCUCGCUCGCCUUGUCGUCGAAUCUACCUCCCACCCUUCAGUCUUCUCCUUCGGCGAGAUUCUUGCCCUCCCCAAUCUCCUCCAGGUUCAAGGAACCGAGAAUUUGGCGUACGUUGAUCUCCUGAAGCUGUUCGCUUACGGAACGUGGAAGGAUUACAAAGGGAAAUCGAGUGUACUGCCGCAGCUGAAACCGGAUCAAAUUCUUAAGCUGAAGCAGCUCACUGUGCUUACUGUCGCUGAGACUAGCAAGGUUGUCUCCUACGAUACUCUUUUAGAGCAACUGGAAUUUUCUAACGUGCGUGAGCUCGAGGACUUCCUUAUUGAUGAGUGUUUGUACGCGGGGAUAAUCAAAGGGAAGUUGGAUCAGUCGAGGCGAUGCUUCCAGAUUGAAUUUGCGGCAGGGAGGGACCUGGUCCCUGGUGAACUUGAAGCCGUGAUAGAGACUGCAAGAAAUUGGUUGGCAACUUCAGAUAAUUUGCUUCCCUUGAUUGAAGACAAGAUUAGACAGGCUAAUGAAAUGGAUCAAUUGGAGAAGCAGCAUCAGAUGGAUGUCAAGGAAAAUAUUGAAAAAGCAAGGAAGAACCUCCAUUCACAUGGACAUCAUGACAUCAGUAGUCCUCGUUUUCUUACUGAUGGAGAGUUGGAUAAUCAAACGAGCGGUUUCACUACAAGAAGACCACAAAAGCCAGGCGCCCUUACAUCAGAACGUGAAGAGAAGGUCAGCCACUGCUGCUGAGUGCCCUGUCCAAAUCAAUUUCAUACUCGGUUUAGCCUUGUAUUGGAUUCAGUUACGGCGACUUAUUCUUCCAGAUGUGUAGGUUCUUACCCCAUCCAGAGAAUGUAAAUACGUAGUGGAGCUAAUUCUUUCAGUCCAUAAUGUUUGUUUUUCCAUAGCUUAUCAUAUCCAGAAGACCAGAACGAAAAUGGAUGGAUUCUUGAGGAGCAAUCCGGCUAGGCUAGGAGGUCUCAUUUGUGAGAACGUGCUUACAAUGUCCACGGCCGUUCUAGUAGUGGUUCGAUCGGGCGCUGGACACCCGACGACCGCCACGUGUUUUACAACACUUACAAAUGGAGUUGUAUUGUAAGCACCCUAGCCGGAUUGGGGAUAGACGAUAGAGGGCAUGUAUCUCUUUAGCCGUUCAUUCUAUUCUACUCGUAAGGUUGAUCUUAGAAGAACACUGAACAUCCCCUUGCCCUGAGGUGUUAAUUUGACUCUCAGCCAAUAGCUGUCGUUAUUUCGUCCACGAGGUUAGUGACCUAACCAGCAAUGUUGUCCGAACCGCCAUAUGAAUCGGUAUUAUAAGCUGCUCACACUUUAUUGGUUUAACCGCUAUCAAGCCGUUAUAAACUCGUUAUGGAACUGGUGUCUAAGAAAUAGAAUUAUUAUAA